GUACCCGGACUGAAACAAUUCAGAUAUACAGAACGGAAAAGCGGUACCGAUCAGUUUUGUGUAUACAUUCGAAUUGUGGAGAGAGUGCGGUUUGGUGCGUGAGGCAAACGUUGUUUGUUUACUGUUUACAAACAGACAUAAAAAACUUUUAAUAUGUUGGGGUACUACAUUUUCAUUCUGGUAGUAUAUUCAACAUUUACAUCAUCAGCACCAACAUGGGAUACUCCUUCUCCGCACCAAUAUCAUAUCCAAACUGACGAAGGUCCCGAACGAUUUUUUCGAUACCAAACUGAUAGCGGUCAGUACCGAAAAGAGAAACGACUCGAAGAUGGCACCGUAGUUGGCACAUAUGCCUGGAUAGACGCAGAUGGUAUGCUACGACAACGCGACUACAUUGCCGACAACGAAGGCUAUAGGAUAUUAAAAACCAAAAAUAUUUUUGUUGGAAGGAAUAUAAAUGUUGGAGAUGCUAUAAAAUCGGCGAAAAAAUCCCCCGCAUCUGCAGGUACUCUGGUGAAAGCAAACCAAAGACCUAUUGUCAAUGUACCAUAUAAUAGUGUAUCUUUCAUUCCUACCAGUAGUCCUGUGCCUUCAUAUAGUUACAACGCGAACAUUCCUGCUUCCAGUAGUACAUCGUCUCCAAUUACACCUGAUAAAACUUAUAUUUCCACCACAACUAUUUCUCCCUUGUCGUCCACUGCCUACACACAAAAUGGGAUACCUACAACAGAUCCUCAUUAUCUUGAUGUGGAUCAAAGUAUAAAAUCAACCACAUUUAGUCCUUAUAGCGGUUUAUCAUCUACAGGAGGGCCCGUUAUAGAUAUCACACCACCUACUUUCGCAAAAACUAGAUACAAUCCAUUCAAUUUUAGUUUCUUGAAUGAAAAUUACAUCCAAUCAACUGAAAGUUCCGGAACUAAUCAACAACUUUAUUAUCAAUCAACUACUCCUUCUCCUAUCAAUAUAAAUACAGAUCGUACUUUGUAUUCCUCAAAUCCCACUACCUAUUCUCCCGCUAUUUUCGAUAGUCCACAAGAACUUGACUCAAAUUCUGUCGAGUAUAAUCCAUAUGUUCGUCAAGUUAAGGAUACUUAUAGAUUUAGAAACGGACCAACAUAUCCCUUAGACAGAAACGGGAAACCAUUCCUUGGAUCCGAUAACGGAUUUUCUACUUAUGACGGUGUUUCAGUUACUAACGAUGGCUUCAGGUAUUACAUCCCAAGAGCUUACCACGAAGAACAAACCGAACCAGGAGACAAAAGAUCUGGUAGUUUCGGGUAUAUUGAUCCUUUUGGAAUAAGAAGAGUCAUUUAUUACAAUACUGCUCCUGGUACAGGAUUCCAACAUAGGAAAAACAAUCGAUAUGUAGGUUUCAACGCAACUCCUUAUGAUCCUAGACCAUACUGAGAGCGAUAAAGUGUUGCUGACUAUUUGAGAGAAUCUUGCCAGCUUGGUGCCAAAAGUGAUGAUAAUAUUUAAUAGUGAAAUAUGCUAGUGAAAAAAUAUUUCGAGAAAAUAUUCAUGGCAUAUCCCAAUCAAUAAAUAAAAAAAUUCUUCAUCUGCUUAUUUUAGAGAACUAUAAGAAAAGCUGUCUUUCAUAAAAUAUCGCACGCAAAACUCACUAAAGUGUAUUAUAGUUGAUAAAAUCAAACUUUCAUGAAACAAACUCAAUUAUUUCAUAUUCAUCCAAAAUAGAGUCCUCAAAAAUAUGAUUUCAAGGUACUAAAUCAUGUAAAUAAUAAUGUAAUUCUAUAAUUAAUUUAAAAUAGGUUCAAAUGAAUGCUCAAAACGUAGCCAUCUCAAUGAAUUAUUCUCAAUACAAGUACCAAAUACUGGGAAUAAAGCUUUUUCUAUUAUUUGGAUCCGGAAAUGCCGCAAGAAGUUCUGGAAGCACUGAAUCCAGUGGGGUUUUUCCCAACAAUUAUUUCGAUUUAAUGUACCACUCAAACGUUUCCUCGUUUCAAAAUACUACGUUAUCAAGAAAAUCACUAUUUUCAUCAUAAUGACUCAUGAAGAUACAGAAAAUUUCAAAUGCUUAGAGGUUUCUAUCACCCGGAUCAUCUCCUGGGAGUUCGUGAAUAAUUUGAACUUUGUACGGGUGCACAAACAACUUACUAACAUUUAGAUGCAAGAUGAUUUCAGUAUUUAUGGUUGCAUGAGGGUUGUCCUGGUCUUCCAGAUUUUGGAGCAUCCCUCACGCUUCCCGUUUCAUUUAAUCUUGUUCCGUUCAUACAUAUACACGGCUAUACAUUCUAUUGAGAAUUGUAGCCGCUCAAAUUGAGCUCUUUUGACCCUGUAUUUUUUGUGGGUGGACAGCCUACAUUUUACCCUAUAUAAUUACAGUUUAUCACAUAUUUUUGCAGCUUCGACUAUUGUUCUCCAAUUUUCCCUGUUCUGCAUCUGUUUGUUCAAGUCACUUACUCCCAGAUUUUCCAUAUCUUGCACAAUCUGAUCUACCCAUCUAUUUUUUGCUCUACCAGGCAAUCUUUUCUCGCUCGGUCUCCAUUCUGUGAUUUUCUUUGUACCCUGCCGUUUUUCCAUUCUUUUAAUGUGACCGUACCAUUGUAUCCUUUUUGCUAUAAUUGUAUUCACAAUAUCCUCCUUUUCUAAUAUAAUUUUAAUUCCAUAGUUCAUUGGCCUACUGUAGUCAUUAUUUCCAGCUUUUACUGGUCCAUGAAUUUUCCUAUUUAUUUUCCUCUCUAUAUUCUUAGUUGCUCUUUCAUGGUAGUUUUUCUUUAAAAAGAGGACCUAGGGAUGUUAUAUAGUUCUCUAGUUUUUUCAAUUAUAUAUUUAAUUACUUCGUCUAUUUUUGUUUUUGCGUGCCGCUGUUAGCAUGUUGUUUUAAAAGUUGUUUUUCAAAAAGUAAUGUGUUUUUUGUGAAACAAAAUGAACUUGCACAACACUGCGGCACGGUCGAUGUACUAGAUUACAUGAAAUAUUCCUAAUUCUCUAAAAAAUUAAGAUGCUUUUCACAGGUUAGUCUAUUUUUUUACGGCUCUCAUACGGCCGAACCAUUAUAUUGAGUUUUGUAUUUUAAAAUAAUGAAAAAACUUUUCUUCCUAAAAUUGAUGAUUAAAAAGAUUUUCCUAAAAUAAAUACACUUGAUUUAUAACAAUUUCUUCGAUUUAAAAUUAUUUUAACGAACUAACUUAUUUAGAUAAAUUAUUUAGAUUAGUUUAAUUUAUAAUAGUUACAAUUUAAGUGCCAUUAAUUAUGAAAUGCUUUGGUCCUGUGAAUCACAGUUUGACUACUGAAUUUUGACAAAUAUACGGGAUGUUAACUUAAAAAUUUCUCACCCUUAAUAUUUUUCUUCUACUUCAAAUGAGCAAUGUAAAACUUGUGACUCAAUUUACAAAGAGGAAUAGAUCUUACUCCUAAAAUAUGUUGUCAUCUUAGUGACAAAUUUAUUCUCUUUUCAUCUCAGUGUUUUCACUUAAAAAUUACGGUGGAAUUGACAUAAACAAAAACUACUUUGGUAAUUGAAAAUCAAGUUAAAAAUAAAAAAAUGACAUAUAUAUGAUUAAGUUAUUGAAGAAUUUGGACGAUGCCACCGACUCUUCUAAUAAUAUUCAUGCAUUUCAUCAGUAUUUUUCGUAUAUUGUUGAAAGUAACAUUAAAAAGAGGAUUAAACGCCUUUUAAUAUCUAUUAUCAAUCUUCUCUUCUUAUUAAUUGAACCACAAGAGAUACAAAUAUAGAUUUACUUGAGUUGUCCUAUUUUGAAGAAAGAAAUAUAUUAAAAGUGGGUGUAAGACGUAGCUCAAACUCUAGUUCCAGGACCUUUCGAGUAAAAUUAAGCUUGUAAAAUGGAUUUAGCAAUAUUGGUGUAAGAUUUGAAAUAAUAAUUUAAUCGAGAAAGCUAAAAUUAGUAUUUUUUUUUAAUGUUAAACUAUGAAGAAAUAAACUUGGAUACCUUGUAAAACCAUAAGAUAUUUUUCUUCAAAUUAAUAAUUCAACUGAAAAGGAAGAUUCGGCAUAUAGCUUAGCAGGACAAUGAAAAUGGAGUGAAAAAAAAACAUAUCAACCACUAUCAGUUUCAUGUGAACUUCUAGAAUUAUUAUCCAGAUAUAUUAAUAGAAAAAUUAAUUUGAUAAUCAUCAUUCAAUGAAAUAUUGAAAAAAGUAAUAAAUUACUUUGUUUGUUUGUCCUUUAUUUAUAAACCCCAAAAGCAUAUAAAAAGAUCCACCGUCUGUUAACAAAGUUUUCAUGGUGCUUCAUGACAGUACCAACUCUCUUGUUCUCAAUUCCCACCUUUAAGAUUUGUUAACUUGAUAAUUUUUAUAUUUUUAUGUCUUUUUAUGUCAGAUCUUUGAUGACUGUGGCUUCCUCCGGUAUUUUUUCAAUAAUUUUCUCUUUUGGCAUGAGUUGCUGAAAUACUUCUCAGCAACUUCUCUUGAGUAGUAUCCAUUCUACCGCUUAAAUAACUGGUGAACAGCUAUUAUUACUCAUUAUUUUCAAGUAUGUAUAAUUUUGGUGACCCAAAGGAUCUAUUUUGUCUGAUCUAUGAAUUCCACUCAUUCAAGAAAGUUCUCAGGAUAUAAUAUUUUGCAGCUCUGUUGUCUUUCGCACUUGAAUGAACAAAUAUAAAAUUAUUGGAACCAAGAUAAUGAUAGGCAGAUUUCGAAAGCACCUUUAAAAUAAUGAAGUUAUAGUUACCUAUAUAUAACAAAUAAAUAUAUCCUUAUAUUUCUUGAAGUUGAAGGCCCCCAGUGUUGAAGCAACAUAUAAUUUAUAUUCUUCCUGUUUAUAGUUCAUCACCUGACAUGCUUUAUAAACCAAAAUACCGUAACAGUUUUUAGGUUUUUUAGCUAUAUUAUAAUAAUAAAUAGCAACUAAAAACGAUUUUGUAGAAAACUCUAAUUAAGGAAGUCUAUGUUAUCCUGACAAAACCCAAAUAGGUCGAAACUGGUCUGUACCAUACGUAAUUACACUACGAUCUCAAGGACUGUUGUAUCCCCGCAUUAGAUCUGCUUUUGUCGAAGAACCAUUUACAGCUAGACUUGUUGUAACUCAUGAGUUUUAGUGUCCGUACUGGUUUCCCGUCCAAAUAAUUUUCUGCAAUAAGUUGUAAAGGUAUUAUGUAAUUAGGUAUUCCGGAAUGACUUUCUUUUCCGUACAUAAUCUACAAUUAUCAAUUUCCCGUAGGAUAAUAUCCCGUAAGGAAGCCAGAGAUUGAUAAUCAGAUAUUUCGUCAUUUAUAUUUGAUAUUGCAAAACCCAUUACGCUUUUGGUUAUUGUUACAAAUAUAAACUUCAGUUAUUAUUGCACAACAGACACUAAAAAUGUAAUAAUUAUAAUUAUUAAUAUUGUUCGAUGGAAAUUAUGUUCAAUAAAACAUGUCUGACUCA